CGCUGUGCCCGCGCCCCGGAGAUGUCCUUCCCCCAGCUGGGCUACCCGCAGUAUCUCAGCGCCAGCCAGGCGGUGUACGGGAGCGACCGGCCCGGGGUGCUGGCCGCCGCCGCCGCAGCCGCCGCAGCCGCCGCCGCCGCCUCGGGCCGGCCCGCGGGCGCCGAGCUGGGCAGCGGCUCGGCCGCUGUCACCUCGGUGCUGGGCAUGUACGCCGGUCCCUACAGCGCCCCCAACUACAGCGCCUUCCUGCCCUACACCGCCGACCUCGGCCUCUUCUCCCAAAUGGGCUCCCAGUACGAGCUGAAAGAUAAUCCGGGUGUCCACCCUGCUACCUUUGCUGCCCACACUGCCCCCGGCUAUUAUCCCUACGGACAGUUCCAGUACGGGGACCCGGGGCGGCCCAAAAACGCCACCCGGGAGAGCACCAGCACCCUCAAGGCCUGGCUCAACGAGCACCGCAAGAACCCCUACCCCACCAAGGGUGAGAAGAUCAUGCUGGCCAUCAUCACCAAGAUGACCCUCACCCAGGUCUCCACCUGGUUCGCCAACGCCCGCCGGCGGCUCAAGAAGGAGAACAAGGUAACCUGGGGCUCCAGGAGUAAGGACCAAGAAGAUGCAAACCUCUUCGGGAGCGACAAUGAGGGGGACCCCGAGAAGAACGAAGACGACGAGGAAAUCGAUCUGGAGAGCAUAGACAUAGAUAAAAUCGACGAGAACGAUGGGGAGCAGAGCAACGAGGAAGAGGAGGAGAAGCCCGAGCUCCUGAGACAAAGCAGUGAAGAGGAGCACUUGGGAAAGGAGAAGGAUUUGGCACUGUCAGGGUCUGAAGGGCUGAAACCCAAAGACGCGCUGGCCAUGGUGAAGGAGGCCUCUGACAACAGCACGCGAAUCAUCAGUCCCGGGGGACAGAACAAUUUACAGAUGCCAUCCCACAGCAAACCCAAGAUUUGGUCUUUGGCAGAGACGGCAACCAGUCCUGAUGGUGCCCUGAAAUCUUCUCCCCCUCCGCCCCCUCCUCCCCAGGUUAACCACACUUCUCCACAGAUCCAGCACCCCGCUUUUCUCCCUAGCCAUGGACUCUACACAUGCCAGAUUGGCAAAUUUCACAACUGGACAAAUGGGGCUUUCCUCACUCAGAGUUCCCUGCUAAAUGUGAGGUCCUUUUUGGGAGUAAAUCACCACCAUGCUGCUCAUCACAAUCACCACCUCCAGGCCCAGCAACAACCUUCUGUUUUAACAGCAACCCUGGGAGCCCUAAGCAGUGAAAAACCUUCAGAGAGGACCAGUCCCAAACACAUAGAAAGAGAAAAUGUACCAAGAACUGAAUCCCCACCUCAGCCGCUAAAAUCGCCCUUCCAGCCUGUCCGUGACAACUCUUUGGCUCAGCAAGAGGGAACACCGAGAAUUUUAACAGCUCUCCCUUCCGCUUGAUUAAAUGGUUUGGUGAAAAAAUAUUACAGAGACUGGUAUUAAGGA